AUGGGCAACAGUAGGAGGCGAGCAGAUAAGAUGGUGAGGCGGGCAAUGAUAGGUCCAAAUAGGGUCCAAAAAGCGUCCAAAAAGCGAUCCAGGAGGGUGCUAAGGCUUCCUAGUGCUGCUACAGGGUUACGCCUGUGUUCCCCUUUCAAUUCCACACUGAUAUUAACAGAGAAAUCGCCUCGAGACAGUGUUGGUUAA